GAGGCGGAGCUCUCUUUUAUUAUCGCUGUACACUUUGAAUGUUAUCAAUGUAAUUCAUUGGAAAAGUGAGUCUUAACUAAUGUCACUACGGAAAGCAAUCAUAAUGGUGAAGAGAAUGGUGCCAGCAAUGCUGGCGUUAUCAUUUUAAAAACACCAACGAACCAUCCUGAUUCGUCAUAAAUGUUGUCCAGGGGCCCAACUUGUGGAAGCCUUACCUUAUUCGUGUUCGCUAAAGUUUACAUUUAAAACAAUAUUAAUGUGCAAUCCAAUUAAUCGCUAUUCAAACCAAUGUGAACAUUACUGCUGCACUUAGGCAUUCAUCAAAAUGCAAACGACUUAAAUACAGUGCUCGCUGCGUACUUUUAAAUACGAUUAUAAAAUAAAAAUCUUCAACAUAUUAUCUACAAAAUGCCUCGUCGCAGACAAUGGAUGACGCCAUUUAUAAAACAAUGUUUCGUCACAUCAGGUGUGACACUCAAUAUGUUGACACACGGCUUCAUGUACGGAUUCAAUACGGGACUGUUCGCACAGUUGAGGAAGACUAAAGAAAUACAGUUGGAUUUGGAGUUAGAGUCUUGGCUGGCGUCGUCAACCAGCUUAUCAUUCAUCGUUGGAUCGCUAUUCAGUUCAAUAUUCAUGGAUCGGUUCGGCAGGAGACCUGCAUUCAUAAUUGCAUCGGCCACCAUGAUAAUCAGCUGGUUAAUAUUCAUUGCAGCUAAAUCCUUCACCGCUUUAUUAGUUGCCAAAAUAUUUCAAGGCUUCUCUGCAGGUGUUGAAAGUACUACAGGCUACAUUUUAGUAGGGGAAUACGUUAGCCCUAAUCACAGAGCAUCAUUCUUAGCAAGUUUUCAACCGGUCAUGUUGUUUGGGGAUUUUCUAACCCACAGUUUAAGUUCUAUAUGCGAUUGGCGUAAUGUAGCUAUUAUUCUUGCAUUUCUUUCGAUCCCUGGAUUGGCGUUAAUUGUUUUUUCACCGGAAUCACCGAGCUUUUUGGCAAAAAUCGGAAAGCAUGACCAAUGUAAAAAGGUGUUCUACUGGCUAAGAGGUCUCAAUGAAAAUAAUGAAGUUGAAAUGUUGAUUAAGACUAAUUUACCUUCAAAACAAAAUGCUAUUAACAAUGAUAAGAUAAAUGGUUACAAAAAAGUGAUACAUAAAUUAUCCUUGAUUGGUACUUUUUUUAAAAAGAGAGAGGUACGUAUUUCGCUCUUUAUCAUGGUUCAUAUGCAACUUAUUAACCUGUUUUCCGGUUCUAUACUGUAUGAUAUUUAUACUGUAGACAUACAUACAGCUGUAUUUGGUACUGACAAAGAUCAGUACAUGUAUUUAAUUGUAAUGUAUUUAGAUAUAGUGAGAAUUUUGUCAUCAAUAUUCUCUGUUUUUCUCACGCAAAAAAUGAGACGGCGUAGCAUGCUCCUAAGCUUAGUCGGCCUUAACAUACUAAUGUAUCUUUUACUCGGAAUUUAUGUACUAUGCAAAAAUCAUAACUUAUUACCAUUUGAUCACAUAUCGAUCGGUAUAAUUCUGUAUGGUUUUAACUAUUUCUCUUUAGCGGCUGGAUCUGUUUCAUUACCAAAUAUUGUGGCCGGAGAAAUAUUCCCUUUGGCAAAUAGAAGCGCUUGUGGAAUGAUUUGUAAUAUAACAUUUUCAUUAUACAUGUUCGUUAAUAUCAAAAACGUUCCUUAUAUCUUUUCUGGAGCUGGGGUCAGCGGAGUUUUUUUUAUGAACGCCGCCCUGCUUUCAUAUGCCCUCGGCAUGACAAUGUACACGUUACCGGAAACAAAAGAUAAAACGCUCUUAGAAAUAGAAAACAUAUUAAGAGGAUGUCCUAUUGCUGAUGAUGAUGAGACAAUGAUUAAUCUGAAAGAACAUAAUGAGACAAAUUUCUAAUAAAAUCUAAAGAAUAAACUAACUACAUUGACUCGCAAACUUAAAGUAAGUGCAGAUUCGGAGAUAAAAAUUCGUGUAUCCUCUUGUGUCAACUCAAUACACGCAUAGCCUUCCAAGAUUCUAAAACUCAUUGUAGCAUUAUAUUCUUUAUCUCUCAUAGCCAUAAAUGCUGACUUACCAAAAUAGCUUAGGAGGCCUUUUCUCCACUAAUGCAUGCCAUGCUACUCUUGGACUCCGGGGGCUACAAGAUACCUUCUAACUUUAACAAACCGGCGGCACCAGCGAAUGCUUGGUUCCUUAAUAGCGAUCGUAUCGCACGAAAGUUCAAGAAGGUUCGGCUGCGUGCCAGAACUUAGAGAGGUUACUUACUUAGAGAGGAACUUGGGUAAAGAAGAUGUAAGAAAGAGCACGAAGUGAGAAAACGAUAUAAUUUCAAAUGAUCCGAGUCGAAGAAUAGUGUAGUGAGGGUUAGAAUCUUGUGUGUAUAGAAUGGAUACUGGUUCGUGUCGUACUUGCGAGUAAAUUUUGACCACCUUUGUUAUUGUCCGAUAGCUGUCAAUAAAAGUUACAAUACUUUUUGGUUAAAACCGAUUUCAAUAUCCUUUAUCCAAUAUCCUUUUUUAUUGCCGUUUUAGUUCAUGGCUGUUUUCGCGUUAAUAAGGCCA